GAUAUGAGUUUAUGAAGACUGACGUAGGUAGAACCUCGCGAUGAUUCAGGGAGGAGGGGAGUGUCAAAUUCCAGAAGAGAGGGAGAGGAGCGCAAAGUUACAUUGCAAGCUCUUUGCAAAGAUGGGGGACGACCGGCCUUUUGUGUGCAACGCUCCCGGCUGUGGACAGAGGUUUACCAACGAGGACCACCUGGCUGUACACAAACACAAGCAUGAGAUGAGUCUAAAGUUUGGCCCUGCCAGGACAGACUCUGUCAUUAUCCAAGGUACUGGUUCUCCUAACCAGACCCCAACUCCCACUCGCUUCCUGAAGAACUGUGAGGAGGUGGGGCUGUUCAACGAGCUGGCUAGCUCCUUCGCUGAGGAGUUCAGGAAGGCCCAGGAGGACGACGACAAGCGGGCCAAGAACCCUCUGCCUGCCCCCCACAGAGAGGUGGCCCUACACAUGAGCCUGCAGACACCAUCAGCAGAAGCCAUGAAGGUGAAGGAGGAGGAGCCUGUGGAGGUUGACUCUUCCCCACCAGGAAGUCCUGAUUCCUUCUCCAGCAUGUCAGAUAGCAGCAGGGAUGCCAUGGUGAGACGAGGAAAGGACACUCCCCCGAGGUCAGUGCUGAGUUCGGCCCCCACCCCCACCAUCGUGAGGCACGGUGCCCUCCCUAUGCGUCCCAGACCAGGCUCUCUGCCCCUCCACUUGGGCUUUGAUGCCCUGCAGCCCACCAUGCCUUCACCCACCUCUGUCAUCACACCCACCCCACCCUCCAACCGCACCCUGCUGGGCUCUCCCACUGGCCACUACCCUGUGAUGAUGCACCUUACCAACGGGCUCCUGCCUGGUCCUAUGCAGAUUCCCUCUGUCAUUUCUCUGGCCCGGCCCAUGCACAUGGUGCCCAACAUUCCCGGCAUCCCUGGUCCUCCUCUGGGAGGCGGCAGCAGCGGCUCCCACUCCGCGUACACCACACACUCUGAGGCCAAGAUGAGGCUGAAGGCAGCACUAGCACAGCAGAGUUUAGGGGGUCAGAUGGGGGGUGUGGCCGGCAGCCCCAUGCACCCCCAGAGGAUGGAGCAAAGCCAACUAUUGGUGCAGCACCCAGACGCACCCUCCCCCGCACAGCCACAGGUGUCUCCGGCUCAGCCUACCGGUGGUCGGCGGCGCCGUGCAGCGGGGGACGACCCGGACAAUAGACGACAGCGUUUCCUGGAGCGGAACCGGGCAGCCGCCUCGCGCUGCCGACAGAAACGCAAAGUCUGGGUCAACUCCCUGGAGAAGAAGGCCGAGGAGCUCUCCUCCAUGAACGUCUCCCUGGCGAAUGAGGUGUCUCUACUGAGGAACGAGGUGGCUCAUCUCAAACAGCUGCUGCUGGCUCAUAAGGACUGCCCUGUCACCACUCUACAGAAGAGCAUGGGAGAAGACAGCAUAAUGAAAGAUCUGUCGGAGCCCACCGGCUCCCCAGCACCUGUCAUCCAGCACAGCACCCUGCCCAGUCCCUCUCCUUCCUCGGGCCCCAACGGCAUAAGUACCCGGGCGGCUGCCGAGGCCAUGUCUGUGCUGGCUAGGAUGGGUCAACACCAGCAGCACCAGCAGAGGAGAGAAGAGAGGGAUGGAGGGAGGGAUGGACCCUCCUCCCACGUCAUCAUGGCCACACAUUCGCACCACUCUGCCAGAUGAGCGUAUCACACACCAAGGCCCGGGACUCUACGGCUCACACAGCACCAGGCACCACCCUACACGGGCAGGAGGAGAGCACAGGAGAGGGUAGAGGAGGAAGAGAGCAACUCAAAAAAAAGUCACGCCUUCCUAGUCAAAGAAACCUUCUCAGGUGAGCAGAGGAGUAGUUGUUACAUGAUACAAUCCUCCCUCCUCUACUCUCUGCCCGUGCUGUGGCGGCCAUUUUGUGUCAGCCACUUUUGUGUCAGGCCUGGAGCCUUGCUGGAGCUCAGCAACAACAGCUUUCUGGGAAUGGACUGGGACAAUAGAAGAGGAAGAGCUUCUUGUUCUGUUCAAUAUGCCAUAUAUAGACUACAUACAGGGGCUGGACUCAACACCCUCGUAUCCCCCUACAACCCUCUCGCCUUGCCUCACCCUCAAGCCACCCUCAAGCCCUUAUGAACUUCACUGGACUGUAGGACUGCAUAGCAUCGUCCCGAGUGUCGUAACUGUCAUUGUGAUAAACUCGGACACUCAGACUCUAAUACACGGUAACAGACACAUACCAGACACAUAUACUCAGCUUAACAUUGAAUUGAUUCAUGUUUGUUGUUUAUCAAGUGAUAUACCAAAGCCCUGAUCACUGCAGGGGUCCAUACUAUUGUAACAGGGGGUUGUGGCCUUGCUCUCCUGCACAUGUUGACACGUUUUAUUCACACACAAAAAUGGGUUAUAGUUAUUGAAGCUCCAACUCCAUAGAUGCAAUAGUUUUGUAUACUCUAAAAUAUUUUCAAUUUGGUCUGUUGAAUCCCUAGCAGUUUUGUAAGCGAUUUCAUUUCGAGGAUCUGUCGCAGUUGUUCACGAAAAAGCUUGACCUCAUUUUUAGCCCUUUAUGAUACAUUUUAUAAAGUGGGUGUGUGUGUAUAUGUAUGUACAUCAAGCAGUUUGUUGAUUCAAGGUCUGAUAAAACAAGAUCUGGUUUGGUAGCAUUUGACUUCUUUUUAUAUUAGCGUCUUUGUUGUAUUCCUGUGCAGCUUUUUUUUACAACUUUAUCGGCACAUUACUAUUUGUAGCUUGGGCCAUAGAGAACCAAAUGAUCUUCUGUGUGACAGAAACGGAAAGCUAAAAAAUAAUAUAUUUAGUGUACACUCAUUUACAAAUGAUUUAUACACUUAAGUGUUUUUCAAAGAAAGGCUUUUCAUCGGGACUGCAUCUGACUAAACAAAUCCAACCCCCUCCCCUCUGUCAAACCAUUUCCUCUUUCCCAAGCAAUUUUUGUAUUUAUUUGUUUCUAAAUGUAUGUCAUUACCAUCUUUUAUGAAAUCUUAUCUGAUAGAAAGCUUUUUCUAACUGGCCUUUGUCACCCUGGUCUGUUUUCUGAACCUUCUCGGGGUGGUACUGUUAGUGCUUCAUCCUUGCUGCUUUCUGGAGCGUGAUGGGCUGCUCUUAAGUCUCCCGGGUCGUGUUCAUUAGGUACCAAACAGGACAAAACGGACUGAAACAACAAGGCACGUGCUCAUUUUCAUUUGCUGUUGCAAAACAUUAUGAAACGUUUUCCAUUGAGUGCACUAAUGAACACAAACCUGGCUGUUCUUUAUUAAUGACUCUAUCCAAAACAAAGCCAUGUUGCUCUUUAGCCGAGCGUGCAUGUGUGUGUUUUUACAAACAGCACUGACACAUCUGGACUCAGACUCAGACACACACACACAGACACACACUGUGUUUGAAAACGAUUUUGCCUUAAAAAAUCACUUCCAUGUCUCCGACAUCCUCCUCAGAUUGGGUUGCAUGAAAAAACCUUCUGGUUCUGCCUUAGGAAGAAAAGAAAACCUUCUGGUUCUGCCUUAGGAAGAAAAAAACCUUCUGGUUCUGCCUUAGGAAGAAAAAAAACCUUCUGGUUCUGCCUUAGGAAGAAAAAACCCUUCUGGUUCUGCCUUAGGAAGAAAAAACCCUUCUGGUUCUGCCUUAGGAAGAAAAAACCCUUCUGGUUCUGCCUUAGGAAGAAAAGAAAACCUUCUGGUUCUGCCUUAGGAAGAAAAGAAAACCUUCUGGUUCUGCCUUAGGAAGAAAAGAAAACCUUCUGGUUCUGCCUUAGGAAGAAAAGAAAACCUUCUGGUUCUGCCUUAGGAAGAAAAAAACCUUCUGGUUCUGCCUUAGGAAGAAAAAAAAACCUUCUGGUUCUGCCUUAGGAAGAAAAGAAAACCUUCUGGUUCUGCCUUAGGAAGAAAAGAAAACCUUCUGGUUCUGCCUUAGGAAGAAAAAAAAUGUUUCCGAAAUGAAAAGCCAUUAGCAAUGGGUAACAACUGAUUAGCUUUUUUACAUGGUGAGAAUGUUUCGUAUUGUAGAUGCCUUAAAAAAUCAGGAGUAAAAUGUCACCAUGGCAUCUCACCACAUUACCAUUGUUGUGCACUGCCAUCUAGUGGAGUAAUUUCACCUUCACCUUCUCUCAUAAGGAUGGGAAAUGGAACAUGGAACUUUGAGGAAAAUUCUUUCAGAACUCCUAUGGCAGUCUCAGAACAGUUUACAUUUUUCAGGGAUCUCCCCCCUAUUUUAGUUUUAGACAUUUUGUUUUUAGGAAAACAAACCACCUAAACAAGUGAUUAAUCUUGUUGUUUUGUAUUUGUAUAGAACUUCCCCCACCAUCUAUCUAAUGUAUGUGUAACCAUUUGCAGUGUUUAAUCCUGCAGAAAUAACUAGGGUAUCAGUUCCCAAAAACAUAAACGCAUGUCUAAAUGCACUAAAAUAUGCAGGUUUAUCAUUCAUUAUUUGUUUUCUUUUUUAGUUUUUGUGUCAACUUUGGUUUGUCCUGAAUACAGGUUCUCUUUCAGUAACAUCAAAAGUUUGCUACUUCUUUUGUCUUGAUAAUGUAUGUUAUACAUAAUGGGAUUGUUUCUGGAUCCAGAUUAAGCCUAGUUCUACACUAAAACACAUGUUCAAUGGAGAUUCUCAAUUGAAGGUACUUCUUAGUCCAGAGCUAGAUUCAAUCUGUGUUCAGCAAACCAGCCCAACAAGGAUUGCUACUCAGUAACUACUGACAUAUCUCACAUGACUGAACCGCUUUGUCAUUCUACUACAGUCCCAAUGGUAAACCCUAUUCCCCAUUUUAUUACACUACUUUUGACCAGGGCUCUGUACUAUAUAGGGAAUAGGGUGCGAUUUGGUAUGCUACCCUACAGUGACCGUACCAAUGGUGACCCUGUCAGGCGUUGUGUAGUACUCUGAGCUGGCACUAGCUAGCUGUCCCUUUAUAAAUAGACGAUUGUUCAUAUGAAAUGGAAAAAACAAAACUUUAUUUAGAUUUCAUGUCAGUUAAUUGUCAUUGGCACUUUGUUCUUCUCAACAACAAAAACAUUUCCUCCAGUAUUUUCUUAAUUGCGUGCUAUUGUCACGAGGACGAUAUACAAAUACUCUGGCAUGAUAAACGCUUCUUCUGUUAUAUAUUUUUGUGUUGUAAUGAUAAGAUAUAGAAAUGUAUUUGUUUUAGUACAUCAAUGUCGUCUUGUUAUUUCCUAUCAAAAAGACUUGCUGUUUGUAUCAGUCGGACUAUGCCGGAACCAUAGAAUUGGAAUCCUGAUUCUAAUCCUAUGGCUGGAAACUGCUCUGUCUGGACUGCCUGUUACUCACAAAUCAACUUAACUUAUUGUUACAUUGUUUUCAUGGAAAUCAUUUUUUUUUUUUUUACCCCUCUCAAAAUAUUAACAGUUGUUGUGAACAAAUAACAGAAUUGUAUAAGAAAUAACAAUUUUACCUAUGAGAAGACAAUUGUAAAAGUUGCAAUUUGCUUAGUAUUUACAUUUUUCUUCAUUCACACUCCCAUGAAAGAAUUGUUGGACUGAUCAUUUUUGAAAUUGUCCUUAUUGUACUGUACAUAUCUGUACUAGGCUAUAUGAAUAUAUUUUACUUUUCCAUGCAUGUCUAAGUGAAACUACGAUGAACACUUACCGUGCUGCAGCUUUAAUUAAACAAAAUAACUUAAUGGAUAUCAAACGUUUCUGUAAUAUUUGAUUCAGACAAUUUAACACAAUAGAUUCUCUCUCUCUCAAUUCAUUUCAAUCUCAAUUUAAGGGGCUUUAUUGGCAUGGGAAACAUAUGUUUACAUUGCCAAAGCAAGUGAAAUGGAUAAUAAACAAAAGUGAAAUAAACAAAAAUGACCAGUAAACAUUACACUCAAGUUCAAAAGGUUUACAGAUAUUUUGAAUGUCAUUGUGUAUAUAGUGUUGUAAUGAUUUGCUAAUAGUUGAAGUACAAAAGGGGAAAAUAAAUAUGGGUUGUAUUUACAA